UUCUGUAGGUUUAUGAUGCUGUACAUUUAUAUUCCUGUUUCUGGUUUUCCCCAGGCUCUUGUGGCUGAGGCUGUGGGCCACUAUGAAGCUUUUGAUCUCUUCCGACACACCACAAUGCUGGGCAUCCAGGUUGAGAGUUGUAUGGGGUAUACCCAUCAUGUUAGCCAGCUUGCUUGUGAUGUUAUCAAUGAAAAGAAAUCAAGAGUGCAGGAGGCUGUGAAGCAGGCUCUUCCUAAAGUAUCAGACUGUAUGGUGUAUUACACUACGGAAGAGGAGCGAGAUCCAGUGGGUCUGAACAUGGCAGGACUGAUGCUGGAGAUGAUUGGUCUCUACCAGUCUGCUGCCAGGGCCUAUGAGAUGGCUCUCACAGCACUGGCAGAUUCAGACGAGUCUGAUAGAAAAUUUUGGAUGGUGUCCACUGCAAUCUGGGAAGAAACACUUACUGCACAAGGCUUGGUGGAGGAAGCCAUGCAGCAGUACAGUGCCAUCAAAGAGCCAGACUACUUCACUCAGUGUGGCUUAGCUCUGGCCAGUUUAAAAGCGGGUAAAUUUGAGGAGGCCUACAAUGCGUACACAGCAGCCCUCCACUGGCUGGCCCCAGAUGACACGCAGAAAUCUCACAUCCUUGUGGCCUUAGCUUCCCUGCAGUACAAGUUCCAGAACUGUGAGGAGGCAAAAAAACUCCUCUUCCAAGGAUCCCAGUUGAAAGGUGCAUCAGUGCCUGGUUGUUUGCUCUAGCAGCUCUGGGGCUAAUUUCUGGAGAUGCAGUUCUUACGG